AUGUUUAUAGCAUCCUACAACAAUUUCAAAGGGGGCAUUCCGCCAGAAACUUUUAAGAGCCUUUUGCAACUUGAAGUUCUGUAUCUUGAUGAAAACAAUCUUGAAGGGGAAAUUCCAGGCACUUUCUGGAGUCUGGAAAACUUAAAAGAGCUUAUUCUCUCAGGGAACAAGCUUAAUGGAACUAUUUCCGAGAGGAUUGCUCAAUGCAAUCAGCUAGUGGUUAUUGCUCUUUCAGGUAAUAAUCUGGUUGGUCGCAUUCCUCAGUCGAUAGGAAAUCUUACGAGUUUAACUAAUUUAUUUAUUUUCAAUAACAUGCUUAACGGCUCAUUACCUCCCGAGCUUGGAAACUGCAGUUCACUUGUCGAACUAGGGCUUCAGCAUAAGUUCAUUGGAGGAAGUAUCCCUCCAGAAUUGGCUUUGUAUAACAACAGUUUGACUGGUAGAAUCCCAUCUGAAAUUGUUCAUUUAAAGAAAUUGAGAUUUCUAUCCUUGGCUCACAAUGAUCUCAUUGGGGAGGUGCAAUUUGAGCUCCGGAAAAGUUUUCCUUCUCUGGUCAGAUUGGAUUUAUCGGGGAACCGCCAUAAUGGAUCAAUUCCUUACGGAAUAUGUGCUGGAGGUAAUUUUUCAGUUUUGGCCAUUGGGAACAACCGUUUCAGUGGGCGCUUUCCUACUGAUAUUGGAAAAUGCUCAUCCCUCAGAAGGGUGGUCCUUAGUAACAAUCUUUUGCAAGGACCUAUACCAGAAGAUUUGGAAGAGAACGCUGGAGUUUUCUUCUUGGAGGUCCAGGGAAACUUGCUUGAAGGAAGGAUUCCCCCGGUGUUUGGUCACUGGACCAAUCUUUCAAUGCUUGAUUUCCCACGGAAUAGGCUCUGUGGCUUUAUACCUCCAGAGCUUGGGAAGCUUGAAAAUCUACAAAUUUUAGGGGUUUCUUCUAAUAGACUUACAGGAAGCAUUCCCUCGGAGUUGGGUCAUUGCAAAAAGAUCAUCAAACUGGAGCUUAGCACCAAUUAUCUUUCAGGAAGUAUUCCUUCAGAAAUAAUAUCAUUGCCCAAAUUGCAAAACCUUCUACUCCAAGAGAACAAACUCAUUGGAUAUAUUCCUGAUUCUUUUGCUUCCCUCCAAAGUCUUUUCGAAUUGCAGCUUGGAGGUAACAUGCUUCAAGGUCUCAUUCCAUGCAGUUUGAGUAACCUUCACCAUUUCAGUUCAGUUCUUAAUUUAAGCAACAAUAGGCUCUCUGGUGAAAUCCCUGCAUGCCUUGGCAAACUAGACAAGCUACAGAUCCUUGAUCUCUCAAGCAACAGUUUCUCUGGUGAGAUACCAACAGAUAUGAACAACAUGAUCUCCCUCUACUUCGUGAAUAUAUCAUUCAAUCACCUAACAGGAAAAUUACCAUCUGCUUGGAUGAGGAUCAUAGCUUCAUAUCAUGGAUCAUUUGUCGGAAACCCAGAACUUUGCCCGCUGGGUGAUGAAACUGGUUUUUGUCAGGAACAUAGAAAAGGCAACAGCAGCGGAAGGGUGCUGGCUGGGGUAAUCAUUGCUGUGGUGGUCUCCGUGGCAUUGCUUUGCGCGAUGAUCUAUAUAUUGGUGGUUAGACACCUUCAAAAGAAACAUUCCUUUGAUCAAACACUUCGCCAUAAGCGACAAUCUAGAACUGAAGAUCUACCUGAGAAUAUGAAAAUCGAAGAUAUUAUUCGUGCUACAGAGGGAUGGAGUGACAAGUAUAUCAUUGGGAGAGGUAAACAUGGAACAGUUUACCGGACAGAAUCUUCCAACUCUAGGAACCAUUGGGCUGUCAAGAAAGUGAGUUUGUCUGACACAAAUUUCAGACUUGAGAUAAGAACUCUUGGCUUAAUUAGGCAUCGGAAUAUAUUGGGAAUGGCAGCUCAUGGCCUUUCCUACCUUCACCACGAUUGUGUGCCACCGAUUAUCCACAGAGACAUCAAGUCAAAUAACAUACUAUUGGAUUCUGAAUUCGAACCAAAGAUUGGAGACUUUGGAAUGGCAAAAUUGGCCUGUGACCUGGAUUCAAGUUCCACAAGAUCUGCAAUUGUUGGAACAUUUGGCUACCUAGCACCAGAGAAUGCAUACUCAACUCGAUUGACAGAGAAAUGCGAUGUCUACGGCUAUGGAGUAAUUCUGCUGGAGAUUCUAUGCAGAAAAUUGCCUGUAGACCCUUGCUUCCAGGAUGGCCUAGAUAUCGUCUCGUGGACUAGAAAGAACCUACUGGAAAACGAAGAAUACAUUUGCUUCCUUGAUCAGGAGAUCAGCCUUUGGCUCAAUAAUGAACAACAAAAGGCCCUCGAUUUGCUGGAACUGGCACGUUAA